UUGGUUUUUGCGUGCUCUUGCGACCAAACCCACUCGACCGGGCCGGGCCUUUCGUUCCUUCAAACCCUUAUCCGCCACACCACCGCUCGAUUAUUUGGCUGCCUUGGCGAAAUAUCCCUUUUAUUGCAGCCGCUCGUAUUAACUUUCUGUCGAUUAGCGUUCGACGAAAAGCCUACAAGAGACUCUCCACCUCCGUUGCCCCCCUUCCAACUCUGCCCUCGAAUAGAUCACCAACAUCCACCCAAACACCGUUUGAAACGAAAAGAGAGAAUUCAAAGAGAUAGAAGAAAGGAACUGGAUAAUAUAUAAAGCGAUCGGAAUCAAAAUGCCCGCGGCGGCCACCGCCCUCACCAUUGCCCUCCCCUCCGCCCUCUUCCGCCGGCACACCGCCUCCUUCCCUCUCCUUCCACUGCUUCCCAUCGUUUCCGCCCGACCAGCGAUCCUAGCCGCCCGGUCCCCGGCGUUGAACAGGAGGAGGAUUUCUUGCCAGGUUGCGAUUUCCACCGACGUUUCUUCCUCCUCGUCGCCGUCGGUGGCGGAGGAGGAGGCGGAAGCGUUGGCGAAGGUCGGGAGGAGGGUCCGGGUGAAGGUGCCGCUGAAGGUCUACCACGUGCUCAAGGCCCCCGAGCUGGAUUUGAACGGGAUGGAAGGGGAGAUCAAGCAGUACGUGGGGUUGUGGAAGGGGAAGCGGAUCUCCGCUAAUCUCCCCUUCAAGGUCGAAUUCCAUGUCGCCGUCGACGGCCAGCCGAAGCCCGUCAAGUUCUUCGCCCACCUCAAGGACGACGAGUUCGAGUACCUCCCGUCCUCCGAUUGAGCUAUAGAUGCAUAAUUUGGUCUUGAGAUUCCAUAUUUCCGAUGGUCUUUUGGAAUUCUGAUAGCCAACAAGCUGCAUGUAUCGAUGGAAUUAUCGAGAAUCCAUCCCCUUCUGUUCCUCCCCAAGACCUUUUCUUCACAUAGUAACAUGGUGCUUGUAAAUUAAUAAAUAAAUGACAAGGGAAGAAGGGACGUCAUAGUUCUGCCACCAAGUAAGUUUCUUGUCGUUUCUUCCUUCUGUUUCUGCUGUUGUUGUCGAUUUGAGUAACUGUCGAGUCAAGAUGACUGAUUUGUGUUGUAUAAUCAGAUAUAGACCUUUAAAGGAAAUGCUUUUUUCCUUUCUGAUUGAGCCA